AUGGCUGCUGUUUAUUCUGGAAUUUCUCUUAAGCUUAAAAGCAAGACAACUUCCUGGGAAGAUAAACUAAAACUGGCACACUUUGCUUGGAUUUCCCACCAGUGUUUUCUUCCAAAUAAAGAACAAGUGUUACUUGAUUGGGCAAGACAAUCUUUGGUUGCGUUUUACAAGAGAAAACUUGAACUGAAGGAAGACAUUGUUGAAAGGCUAUGGAUCUAUAUAGAUAAUAUUCUACAUAGCAGAAAAUUACAAAAUCUCUUAAGGAAUGGAAAGACAAUUAAUCUUCAGAUUUCCCUGGUCAAGAUCAUCAAUGAAAGAAUCACCGAGUUCUCUCCUUUGGGAUCCCAGAGAAGCAUCUCUUCGGUCCUGAGCUGCUGCCAGGGCAUCCUCUCGACGCCUGCCCUUGCUGUCAUUUAUGUGGCCAAGCAGGAGCUGAUGGUGGCACUUCUGAGCCAGCUGUGCCACUUAGCCUGCCGGCAGCCAGAAGGAGCUAUAAUCGCCCAGUUGUUCGAGGUCAUCCACCUGGCCUUUGGCCAUUACCUCUCAAUCCAGCAGCAGCAGGUUAAUCCAAAACGUGCUUUUGGGGAAUUGAUUGGCUCUCUCUUCCAGCCUUGCCUGGUCCUGCGACACCUACUCUCAGUGGGCCAGUGGACGCAGGCCAGUCAGGGGCAGCUGCGUCCGGCUUUGAGCCGGGACAUUAGGAAUCAGAUCGAGAGCUUGCUUCGAGGUGGAGCUUUUCAACCUGAGCUGCUGUCUUCCUACAAAGAGGAACUCUUGGAACAGCAUCAGGACAGUGCUAAGAUGGGGGCUAUGAAAAGCCUUCUGACCCCCAUCAACACCAUGAUCUCCAAGCUGGUAGACACUGGCUACUGUGAGCCAUCCCUUCAGGCAACUGUUGUGGCCAGCUCCGUGGCUUUGCUGUAUAAGCUCUUUUUAGAGUCUUACUUUAAAGAGGGAAACCAACUGCUCUGCUUUCAUGCGCUCCCCAAACUGUUUGGCUGCUUGAGGAUUGCCUGUCUCCAGGAAGAACAGACAGAAACCCUCUCCACGUCCGACUGGACCACGGAACUUUUGGUUGUGGAACAGCUUCUAAAUGCAGUGGUCAACAACAAUAUUUACAACGUUGCUGCCGAUAGGAUCCGGCAUGGGGAAGUUCAGUUCUGUUUUUACCGCCGUCUAGCUGAGUUGCUGAUAAACCAUCCACAAGCAUCUAUACCAGCCUGGUUCCGCUGUCUGAAGAUUUUGAUCUCUCUGAAUCAUUUGAUUUUGGAGCCAGACCUGGAUGACCUGGUGGCUUCCGGUUGGGUUGAUGCAGAAGUAACAGAGUUUCGAUCCAGAAAAGCUCAGGAGGUGCUUAUUAACACUCUCUUCCAGACUUACGCCAAACUCCGGCAAGUACCGAAGUUGUUUGAGGACAUUCUGGGUGUGAUCUGUCGUCCAGCUGCUGAGGAGCUGCGGCGGCCUGUUCUAUCCUCAGGCCCUUCCAUAGUGCUCUCUGAGUGCCUUACGGAAUUGCCUCCCAAUCAGAUCUUGGACACAUGGUCCCUCAUGCUGGACAAGUUCCAGUCUUUGAUUUUGCCAUGUGUGCUGGAUGAUCCUGACAUUGCCUUGAAGUCACUGUCGCUGAGUUCGCUUCUACACUGUGUCAUGUUUAACAUGAGGAGCUUGGACAACAGCAGCCCUCUGCCUGUGGUCAGACGGACUCAGUGCAUGAUGGAGAGCAUGUGUCAUGAGCUUGUGCGGCCCUUGCUCCACCUUCUGACUGACCUGAAGGCCCCAGACCGGGGCCUGUGGCAACAGAAGGUUAGUGAUUCUGCACUCCUGCUUGCUUACACAUGGGCCCAGGUGGACACCAUGUUCAGUCUCAACUGUAGCCAUUACCACUCUGUAUCUGGGCCCUUUACAGGUCCUGAUCUGGAGAUCUCCAACUUCCCUUCACAGCUCCCAGGUGUUGAAAGAAAACACUGGAAGGAGAUAGAAAAGCUUACAGCUCGGUUUGACUCUCUUGGCAAGUAUUGCCUCGAACAGCUGUAUCUGCAGAAGAUGAAAAGGACUUUAAUGCAAGCUAGUUGGAAGUCCGAAGAAGCCCUCCAGACUUUGAAGUAUGACGCUGCCUACAUUCUUCGUUCUGGCAAGGAGAGCUUGAGUCAAAGCAGAGUGGCUUCCUGGGAUCGCCAGGUGGGGACAGUGGAUGCACUUACUUACCCGGUAGCACAUUGGCACUUGAUUGUUUCAAAUCUCCCAAUGUUGGUACCGUACCUUGGCCCAGAUGAUGUGCGCUACCUAGCUAAUGUCCUGCUAAGGAAUUUACCAAUGCACAAAGCCCAGGAAGACUCAGCAGAGGAAGGUCCCUGUAUCACCCUUGACAAGCUGUCCAAGGCUGUCCUUCACAGUCCCCUCUUCCCGGAAAUGCAGUCUCUCCAGUCUGUUUUCUUGAUGUGCGUCAUUGCAAGAUGUAGUAGCAUUCUGAUUUCUGGUGCCCAGGGUGACGUGGGUCUUCUAAGGCGGCAGGUACCCUGGCUUUUUGAAGAAGACCACACAGUUGUGACUCAUUGGGAGAACAGACUUGCAAAUGUUGGACCUGAGGAUGUAGAGCCAAGAGGAGAGAUUGCCCAGAAGUUACUGUCGUUGGUCAAGAGUGACUUCCCCAUUGAGCUGGAUGCGGAACAAUUGGAAAGCAUCCUAGGGCUUUUGGAAGUUGUUUCUGCUCUACAGCUGGACUGUCUCUCGGCUCCCUAUCAUGUGCACUGCUUUCUCCUGUUAUUGUCCAUGGUCAUCACCAAGUUGGGUAGCCAUUGCUCCUCACUGACUCUCAAGUUUCUGAUGACCUGCUAUCGGCUUCUUGGUUACCUGCAGAGAGGAAGAAGUGCCCGGGCUGUGUUUAAGAUCAUGUAUGCCAGCGAUAUUUUUCAAAUCAUCCUGACCUCCUUGUUCAAAGUCAGUAGUCAAUUUCUUAUUAAUAUAGAUGACCCCUCUUGGUUGACAUUUCUGCAAGUGAUCGAGGCAUUCUUAGAACAGUUAAUGCAGAUACUCAUCCAGAUAAAGCUAAGUUUGGCGCUCAAUUUUGGGAAAAUCAUUGAAUUUCUCUCAAGCUGCAAACAGUACACUAAGGCGGCUUCUGGCAAACAGCUGAGAAACCAGAGUUGUCUGGGCAGGCAGCUCUUGCUGGUGUCUUUAACUAAGUUGUGCCAAGUUUUGGGCUCUUUUGUCAAAGAGCAGAAACAACAUCGGGAACCAGAAGAGGUACUGCCUGAGCUGCUGCGACAGGCCAUCCAGCAGACUGGGGCUGUUCUGCUGCUCUGCUCAGUGUCCAGGGCAACAAGCUGGUGCCUGCCCUCCACCUACCUCUCCUCGGUCACCACACUCCUGGAAGCGGACAUGAGCCGGCACUCUAGGAACGGAGAGGCAGAGAUUUCUAGCGUGUCAGACAAAAUGCCAUUUGCCCACACCUCUCUAUAUCAGACUGUUUAUUCCCAGAUAUUGUCAGAGUUGCCAACUCUAGCAGGAAACAUCUCAUCUUUUCAGGCAGGCUUGCAGUUUUUAACUCUUUUCUUUCUGGCUCCAGAACUCCAUCCUCCGAAGGACUCCAUUUUCACCUCCACGAUUCAGUCUCUAAGAAGAGUCCUUGCAGAUCCCCAAGUUCCCUUUGAGGUGAUUGAAGAAAUGGAACCUCAUUUGGAAGCCUUGUUUACUCAGAUGCUAGCUGUUGGGACAACCGAGGACUUUAGGAUGGUGAUGCACUGUGCGCUCCGAGGGCUGGAUGUCAGUAACGUGUGGAAAGCAGAUUUGCAGGCUGUUCUGUCAGCUAUUACAUUGAUCAGGUUGCUACUGAACUGCCCGUUAAGUGGAGAGAAAGCAAGUUUGUUCUGGCUCGCAUGCCCCCAGAUCAUCACAGCUCUGACGCUGCAAACCCGAGAGGCUUGCCAGGAGCCAUCUUUGCUUCUCACGGUGGUUGGGCCUGUUUUAGACAUCCUGGCUUUGCUGCUGCGGCAGGGGGAGGAGGUCAUUCACAACCCUCACCAUGUCAGCUUGGCCUUCGGCAUUCUUCUGACAGUGCCCGUGGAUCAUCUGAAGCCUUCGGAGUAUGGCAGCAUCUUCCCAAGGAUUCACAACGUGCUCUUUUCAAUUCUGCAGUGUCACCCUAAGGUAAUGCUGAAAUCCAUCCCUUCAUUCUUGAACUCCUUUAAUCGAUUGGUAUUUUCAGUUAUGCAUGAAGGGCGUCAGAAAGAAAAAGGAAGCACAGAUGAUCUGACGGUGGUCCUAGAAUGUGCACGCCUGGUCGAAAGGAUGUACAGCCACAUCGCAGCCAAAGCCGAAGACUUUACAGUGUUUUCCCCCUUCAUGGUGUCCCAGUAUGUGAUGGAGGUGCACAAGGUGACCUUGUAUCCAGCUGUGAAAGACCUUCUCCAGGAGGGUAUUUAUCUCAUUCUGGACCUCUGUCGUGAACGGGACAUCCAAUUCUUGAGAGUCGCAUUGCAGCCAGGACUAAGAGACGUCUUUAAAGAGCUGUACAAUGACUAUCUGAAGUAUCACAAAGCUAAACACGAAGGAGAGAAAAGAUACACUGCCUAA